UUCUCUGCAGAGGAGUGUGAAUGCCUGGAGCCUGCUCAGUGGGAUCUGUACAGGGAUGUGAUGCUGGAGAAUUACAGCCACCUUGUGUUCCUGGGUCUUGCUUCCACUAAGCCAUAUCUGGUCACAUUUCUGGAGCAAAGACAAGAGCCUUCAGAUGUGAAGAGACCAGCAGCUGCCACCGCUAAGUAUUCAGGGGCAAAAAGCUAUACGUGCAAAGAAUGUGGCAAAGUCUUUGAGGUGAAAAAAGGAUUUCAAAAUCAUCAGAUAAUUCAUUUAGGAGUGAAACCCUGCAAGUGUGAAGAGUGUGGCAAGUCCUUCCGUUUUUCAUCAUUACUUUCUGAACACAAAAGGAUUCAUACAGGAGAGAAACCCUAUAAGUGUGAAAUAUGUAGCAAGGCCUUCCAUGUUCCAGCAAAACUUUUUCAACACAAGAUAAUUCACCCAGGGAAAAAACCCUACAACUGUGAAGUUUGUGGCAAGGCAUUCUGCACUUCAUCAUUUCUUUCUAAACACAAGAUAAUCCAUAUGGGAAAGAAUCCUUGCAAGUGUGAAGUAUGUGGCAGGACCUUCAAAUAUCCAUCAAGACUUUCCAAACAUAAGAAAAUUCACACAGGAGAGAAACCAUACAAGUGUAAAUUAUGUGGAAAGGCCUACCGCUCUCCAUCAUCACUUUGUGAACACAAGAGAACUCAUACAGGAGAGAAACCCUACAAGUGUGAAGUAUGUGGCAAGGCCUUCCAUUAUCCGUCAUUACUUACAAAACACAAAAUCAUUCAUACAGAAGAAAAACUCUACAAGUGUGAAGUAUGUGGCAAGGCCUUCCAUUAUCUGUCAAGACUUUCAAAACAUAAGAAAAUUCAUACAGGAGAGAAACCAUACAAGUGUAAAGUAUGUGGAAAGGCCUUCUGCUCUCCAUCAUCACUUUAUGUACACAAGAGUACUCAUACAGGAGAGAAACCCUACAAGUGUGAAGUAUGUGGCAAGGACUUCCUUUAUCCGUCGUUACUUUCAAAACACAAAAUCAUUCAUACAGAAGAAAUACCCUACAAGUGUGAAGUAUGUGGCAAGGCCUUCCAUUAUCUGUCAAGACUUUCCGACCAUAAGACAAUUCAUACAGGAGAGAAACCAUACAAGUGUGAAGUAUGUGGUAAGGCCUUUCAUGUUCCAUCAUCACUUUCUGAACACAAGAGAACUCAUACAGGAAAGAAACCUUACAAAUGUGAAGUAUGUAGCAAGGAGUUUCGUUGUCCAUCAUUAUUUUCUAACCACAAGAGAAUACAUACAGGUGAAAAACCCUACAGUUGUGAAGUAUGUGGCAAGGCCUUCCAUACUACAACUUUAUGUUCUAUCCACAAGAGAAUUCACACAGGAGAGAAACCUUACAAGUGUGAAGUAUGUGGCAAAGCGUUUGAUUAUCCAUCAAGACUUUCCAACCAUAAGAAAGUUCAUACAGAAGAGAAACCAUACCAGUGUGACUUAUGUGGCAAGACCUUCCAUUAUGCAUCAUUACUUUCUAAACACAAGAUAAUUCAUAUUGGAGAAAAGCCCUAUAAGUGUGAAGUAUGUGACAAGGCCUUUCAUUACCCAUUUAGACUUUCCAACCAUAAGAAAAUUCAUACAGGAGAAAAACCAUACAAGUGUGAAAUAUGUGGAAAUGUCUUCCGUUUUUCAUCAUCCCUUUCUGAACAUAAGAGAAUUCACACUGGAGACAAACCAUACAAGUGUGAAGUAUGUGGCAAGGCCUUCCAUUAUCCAUCAUUACUUUCUAAACACAAGGUCAUUCAUACAGGAGCGAACCCCUACAAGAGUUAAGUAUGUGGCAAGUUCUUUAAUUAUCCAUCAAGACUUUACAAACAUAAGAAAAUUCAUUCACCAGAGAAGUCCUACAAAUAUAAAGAA